UCCGCAAAAGAAACAACUCUCUCUCUUUCUCUUGUGUUCUCUCAACUGUCAUUUUCUCACAUAUACUUCACACAACCAUUCACUUCAUACCUUCUCUCUUUUUCAAUCUCAUAUUCAUCCGACCCAGAAGUUUUACCUGAAAAAUUCUAAACCCUUUUGCCCAAAUUAUCCAUACCAACUAAUAUUUAAUCGAAACACACUCUCUUGAUCAUCUAGCUCAACAACAAACACAAAAAAAGAAGGGUUUGUUGUUUGGUUUUUCCAGUGAUGGAGCUGUUCCCUGCACAACCAGAUUUGUCUCUGCAAAUCAGCCCACCGAACAGUAAACCCACCUCAACAUGGAGAAGAAGAGAAGAAGAAAUAAAGUUGGGAUUUUGGGACUCAAAUAAUUGUAUGUCUUCAUCACUAGCUAAACCUGAUACCACUGCUUUUGAGCUCACUUUGUCAAAUCCAAGGGUUUCAGAUUCUAAUUCUAACCAUUCUUCUCAUCUUUUUCACAACACUACCAAUUUUAACCCACAUCACUAUCACGGCCAUCAACAACAAAAUCAUCUCAUGUUUCAGCAAGAAGCUGGUUUCUUGAGGCCUAUAAGAGGAAUUCCGAUAUACCAAAACCCUCCGGCUCGAACUAGUUCUGAGACAAGCUUAAGUACUCCGUUCCAGUCUCCGGCAGGGUUUAUGAGAUCAAGAUUCAUGUCUAGGUUUCCGGUGAAAAGAAGCAUGAGAGCGCCGAGGAUGCGAUGGACCACAACUCUUCAUGCUCGUUUUGUCCAUGCUGUUGAGCUACUGGGUGGCCAUGAAAGAGCUACACCUAAGUCAGUUCUUGAGCUCAUGGAUGUCAAAGAUCUCACAUUGGCCCAUGUUAAGUCUCAUUUACAGAUGUAUCGAACAGUGAAAACAACUGAUCAUAGGGCAGCAGCUUCUUCAGGACAAUCAGAUGUAUUUGACAAUGGAUCGUCCGUGGAUACUUGUGAAGAUGUUAUGUUUGAGAUUCAAAACUCAUCAAUAAAUUCUGAAAUAUCAAAGCAACAGGGUAUGCAAAAUGGUGAUCAGGACAAGGACUACCAACUUCUCUGGAGCAAUUCUUCCAGCAGGGAAGCCUGGUUGCAUGUGAAACCUCAGGAUUCUUGUGGAAACUUAGAGAAGCAAAUGGGUCCAAAGUGCCUAAGCUAUGAGAAAAUAUCAGAAGUAAGCUCACCAAUUUUGUCCCUCAAGAAACCUAAUUUAGAAUUUACUUUGGGAGUUGAAGGUCAUAUAAUUAAGUGAUCACAAAAUGAUCAUGAUAUCCAUGGGGGGGCUGGCUGAGGCUUUAUGUAGUGAAGAGAGAAUCAGGUGAGAAAAUAAGAAAAGAAAAAGAGAGAAAAGUAAAAGAAAAAGAGAAGCAGACAAGAAAGCAAAAAAAGAGUGGAAUAUCUUUCUAGUCAAGCUCUCUGUGUCAUCAUUUAUUAUAUUCCUACGUAAAUAUCAAAUCUAAUUCAUUUUCUUUUUUA